AUGAACACCAACCUGCAAGCCGCUCUAGACGAGGCGAACAAGUGUAUAAAGCGCCAGAAGCUAUGUGCCUCCAAGAGCGAUGCGGUUUUGGACAAGAUAAUAGGCAUGGUGACGGCCGCCCAGAAAGAACUAGAGAAUUUUGCUGAGGGCUCGGACCCGGAGGCCACCAUAACGAGUUUACACAAGGGCAUAGAGGAGGCGGGUCUUUUUAAGGAGAUGAACUCUUCCACCAAAGACCUCCAUACGUCUGUUGCCAAGCUGGGAAAGGCCUUAGAGCGAGCCUUGGACAUGGAUGCGGACAUCUGCCGGGCGCUGCGGCCAUGUCCAGCUCUCAAGGAUGACCCCGGGCUCCUGGCCCGUGUCGUGGCGGAGCACUUCUAUCGGGAGGGGCGCUUUGAGCUUGGGGACACGCUGGCCUCGGAGGCAGGGCUGAUGGACGCGGAGGAGCUGCGAGCACCGUACGCCGCCAUGCACACCGUGCUGGAACAGAUCCGGGUGCACAACCUGGAUCCCGCGUUGCAAUGGGCAGUGGAGCACCGCUCCCAUCUGAGUCCGGAUGGCGGCCCCUCAGCCUUCGAGUUCCGUCUCCAUCGUCUCAAGUUCGUGCAAGUGCUGCAGUCUCAGGGCCGCACCGCAGCCCUGGCCUACGCCAAGCGCCACUUCGGGCCCCAUGCGUCGCGGCACUUACAGGACAUCCAACGGCUCAUGGCAGCGGCGGGGCCGGCGGCAGCAGCAGCGUCGCACCCUUAUGCGGACCUGAUGUCGCCCUCUUGUUGGGACGCAGCGGCGCGGGAGUUCGCAAAGCAAGCGUGCAGCCUCAUGGGGCAGGCAUCGGAGAGCCCGCUGACCACGGUGGUGGCGGCUGGUUCGGUGGCGCUACCGGCGUUGCUCAAGAUGGCGGCUGUCAUGGAACGCAACUCGCAGGAUUUGCGUACAGUGGAUCAGCUGCCGGUGGAGAUCGAGUUGGGCUCGGAGUUUGUGUUCCGGUCCAUCUUUGCCUGUCCCGUCUCGCGCGACAUGUCCACUCCCGACAACCCGCCCAUGCUGCUGCCGUGCGGCCAUGUGCUAUGCGAGCAGUCGGCGAGCAAACUGGCCAAGGCGCGUGCGAGGCCCUUCAAGUGCCCCUACUGCCCACAAGAGGCCCGGUUGGAUGCACUCAAGCCGCUGACGUUUCCCAGAGUGGAUUAA